AUGAGUGAAUUGCCAGUAACACACCUUAACUUUAAUCAAGACACAUCAUGCGUGGCGUUGGGUUUGAUGACCGGCUACAAAAUAGUUAAUAUCCAACUGAAAUUCGGCAAGUGCUGCCGCUAUAACGACGAUAGUAUAAACUUGAUUGAAAUGUUGUACACUACAUCUUUGAUUGUAAUGACACCAUUGGGCAACGAGAUUGGCUCUUCGCCAAGGGAAUUGAAGAUAAAGAAUACCAAGACAAACAGUACUAUAUGCUCGUUGUUCUUUCCCACCACAAUUCUAAAUAUCAAACUUACUAGAGAUCACCUUAUUGUAGUGUUGGAAAACCAGAUUUAUAUUUACGAAAUCAAGACUAUGAAACUACUUCAGACCAUCAAGACAGACUCUAACCCAUUGGGACUUUGCGCAGUCUCCUAUGAUCAAGAAACUAAUUUGUUGGCAUUCCCAUCACCGCCAAAAGCCAAGGACGCAUUGGCAAGUAUGAGGAGCAGCAGCGGCAAUGCAAAGUCAACACAUGCUGCAGGUACAUCGCAUAAUAGCCACAAUGGCGCCAAUAAGGGUACAGUAUUCAAAGGAGAUCUUAUAUUAUUUGAUUUGAACAAGUUCCAACCGAUAAUGGCGAUUAGUGCACACAAGAAUGAUAUUGCAGCAGUAGCGUUUUCAGCAGAUGGGACCUUGAUCAGCACAGCAUCACACAAGGGUACUAUUGUGAGAGUGUUUGAUACAAAUACCGGUGUCAAAUUAUUCCAGUUCAGAAGAGGGUCGUACCCAACAAAGAUUUACUCGUUGCAAUUUAGUUUAGAUAACAAAUACGUUCUAGCGACAAGCUCGAGCAUGACUGUCCAUAUCUUUAGACUAGGUGAAGACGAAGCGUUAGAGACAAAGCACAAGAAGAGGAUUAAAACUAUAAAUGAAGAACCAUCAGCAGUUGCCGCAGCAGCAAUUGCAGCGGCGCGUGAAGCAAGUAACAACGGGGGAGAAACAACAACAACAGCAGCAGCAGCAGCCACUUCAGGACCACGUGAAAAUGGAGGCGAGGAUGAUGAUUCGGAUUCGAUGGAUGAUGAUCUUGAUGUGGAUGAUGAUGACGACAACGAGGAUGACGGUGAUGAUGACGAUGAUGAGACCCCAGUCAAGCAGCGAAAGCUUUCACAAGGGUCUUCUAACUCUUAUGCUAGUAUUAAUUCAGAAGAUAUCAAUUCUCCAGUGAUUGACCAAAACAGGCUAUCUGUAGCCAGGAUCAUUCGAAGACAGUCACAAAAUUUAGGGAGAAAAGCAGCACAAAAAAUGGGCGACUAUCUACCUUCUAGGUUCUCUUCAAUACUUGAACCUACAAGGCACUUUGCCUCAAUCAAAGUUGAGGCAAAGCACAAAGAUGUCAAAUCCAUUGCUACUAUCAACAAUUCUCAACAUGACAUUAUAUCCCUGCAGUAUGAUAGUAGAGACAAUAUGGAUGCCAAUUUGUUGCAGAUCAACGUGGUUACUUCUGAAGGUAUGUUGUACAUUUACGGAUUAGACUCAGAGCGCGGCGGCGAUUGCAUAUUGCUUAAUCUGUAUAGUUUGAUAGAUGAAUAA